AACUUUUCAUACAUGAAUUGCAGAAUUGGUCCAUUAGAUAUAAAAUACCUCUCAUUGCACUAAGUAUAUUAUUGUUGGUGCUUUUUGCGGUACGGGCAAACCAAAAAAUUCUUCUGAAUUUUUGAAGUUUUUCAAACAAAAUAUUAUGGAUUUAACUAAGAACGGAUUUCAAACUGAAUGUAAUAAAAAGGUUGAAAUAAAUGUAUAUGCUCUCAUUUGCGACACUCCAGCAAAAUCCUUUGUUUUGAAUAUAAAAUCACAUAACGGUUAUUAUAGCUGCACAAAAUGUAAAAUUAGAGGAAAAUGGAUUGUAAGGAAUCGCAAAAAAAGAUCGUAUAUAACGUCGCGCGGAAUAAAAAGAAAAAUAUCUAAGAGCGGUUGCGUUUGUUUUCCUCCGUCAGGAAAAAAAGAAAAACUUCGAACUGACGAAGAAAUGGCUAAAUACAACCCUAAUGACGAAUUUCAAAAAGGUGAAAAUAUAUUUGCUGAUAUUCCACGAUUUGGUUUAGUGACGUGUGUGCCUCUAGAUUACAUGCACCUUUUUCUGUUAGGAGUCGUUAAAAGGUUAAUAUGGCUGUGGCGUCCAAGACCUAUAUCGGAAUAUCGAUCAUGGAAGGCUGUAGAAUUUAGACAAUUCCUCUUGUAUACUGGACCCGUUAUUUUAAAAGGAAUUAUCAAAGACGAAAUGUUCAACAAUUUUUUAGCAUUACACGUUGCAACGAGAAUUCUACUUUCCCCAAAACUUGUGACUAUCUCAGAAAAUAUUGACUACGUUGAGAAAUUAUUGGAAAACUUUGUAAAAAAUUUUUCAAUCAUUUAUGGUGAAAAAUUUGUCUCUCCUAAUAUUCACAAUCUUCCACACAUUUGUAAUGACGUUAAAAAAUAUGGAGUACUUGAUAAUUUCAGCGCUUUCAAAUUUGAAAAUCACAUGUCUUUCAUAAAACGUUUAAUUAGGAAACCAAAUCAAGAGCUUCAACAAUUAGUGCGCAGGUCUGCUGAAAUAGAAGCAAUUCAAACUCCUAAUUAUCAAGAAGUCAAUCCAGUAAAUAUUCUAAAAAUGAGCCAUUCGAAAGGACUAUUGCUGGAAAGAGAUGCAGGAAUUGUCAAACAAUUUCACAAACUGACUACGAAUUCAUACACCAUAAAUUGUAAAACGGAAAGAGAUAAAUGCAUUCUUCUGAAAAAUGGGAUUAUUGCUUUAAUCUUAAACAUCGUGAAAUAUGCGGAUGGGAAAACAUUUUUUAUUGGCAAAAAAUUAAGGCAAAUCGAUUCUCUGUAUAAAAAUCCAAUGGAUUCCAAACUGUUCAAAAUUGUAACAGCAUUUGUGGAAGAUCAUUCUCUUCAAUUGUAUCCAAUACGGGAUUUUCGUAGUAAAAUGUGGAAAAUGGAAUUAGAUCAAAAUGUUAUUUUCUGUCCACUUCUACAUGUUGAAAGUAAUCCAAUAGAAAACAACUAA